GAGGCGGAAACCGGGGCCGGUUCCCUGCAGCGCCCGGCGGCGGCGGUGCCGCUGCUCCCGGCUGCCAUUUUACGGGAACAAAGAGGCGGAGGAGCGGCCAGACCUCCCCAGGCUCUCCCCACCGCCACCAUGUUCAGCAAGAAGUCCUACGACGGCCCCCCCAUGAGUUACGGCCCCUCCACGGGCUACGGACCCCCGCCGGGUGAUUACGGCUACGACUACGGCGCCCGCUCGCCCCCGCCGGGCUCCUACUACAUCGAGGAUGCGCCGCAGCACUUCUACAAGUGGAGCUCGCCGCCCGGCGUGGUGAGGAUCCUGGAGGCCAUCAUCAUCAUGCUCUGCAUCGCCAUCUUCGCCUGCGUGGCUUCCACCCUCGCCUGGGACUACGGCUACGGUUUGGGGGCUUUCGGAAGCGGGCUGGGCGGCUACUACGGCUCCGGCUACUACGGCAGCGGGCUGGGCUACAACUACGGGUACGGGGGCUACUACAGCGGGGUCACCAACCCGCGGACGGCCAACGGCUUCAUGAUAGGCAUGGCCGUGCUCUGCUUCCUGGCCCAGUUGGGGCUGCUGGUGGCCAGCAUCAGCAAGUCGAGCGGCUCGCGCUCCCGCCGCUUCUACCUGGUGGUCAUCGUGGUGUGCGCCGUGCUGGCCUUCGUCAUGCUCAUCGCCUCCAUCGUCUACGUCGUGGGGGUCAACCCCCAGGCGCAGAUGACCGGCGGCUACUACUACAGCCCCUUGCUGGCCAUGUGCAGCCAGGUGUACAGCAGCAGCACUUACCUCAACCAGUACAUCUACCACUACUGCACCGUGGACCCCCAGGAGGCCGUGGCCAUCGUCUGCGGCUUCCUCAUCGUCCUCUUGCUCUGCCUCAUCUGCUUCUUCGCCCACAAGACGCGGAGCAAGAUUUGGAAAUACGGCAAGGCCAACAUCUUCUGGGACAAGGCACCGGUGCUGCAGGAGGGCCCCAACGUGGAGGAGUGGGUGAAGAACGUGGCAGACGGGGCCAGCGUGCAGGACGAGACGGCCACGCUCGCCUACUCGGAGAAGCCCACCAGCCCCAUCAACGCGCCGCCCUACAGCGCGCCCUCCUACAGCUACGCGCCCCCCAACACCGCCUACUACCCCUCCGGGACCUACAGCAGCCGGGGUGACCAGCCGGACCGUGCCACCAGCACCAGCCCCGUGGAGGAGAAGGGGAAGGAGGUGCCCAGCAAAGCGCCUGUACGGCGCGGCCGCAGGCGGCGGCGCAACCCCGAGCUGGACGAGUCGCAGUACGAGACCGACUACACCACGGCCGUGGAGUCCAGCGACGAGCGGGACCAGGACCAGUGGGCCAGCCUCUACCCCCCCAUCGCAUCGGACGGUGCCCGCCAGAAGUACAAGCAGGAAUUCGACACCGACCUCAAGCGCUACAAGCAGCUCUGCGCCGAGAUGGACGGCGUCAACGACCGCCUCAACCAGCUCAGCAAGGAGCUCGACAGCAUCUCCGAGGACAGCCCCCAGUACCAGGAUGUGGCAGAGGAAUACAACCAGCUGAAGGACUUGAAGCGGAGCCCCGACUACCAGACCAAGAAGAUGGAGACCAAGGCGCUGCGCAACAAACUCUUCCACAUCAAGCGCAUGGUGAGCGACUACGACAAGGUGCGGGGUUAACCCGCACCACCCCAGGAUGCGUGCCGGGGGGGGGGCACCACCAGCACCGCAGACUCCUACCUAUGCAUUUUGUACCUUUUUGUAAAAAAAAAAAAAACCAAAACCAUCCAAAGCGACCCCUGGGCAUCGUCCCCAGCCACUGUGAAUACCCCCGAGUGCCUUCGCUGGGUGCAGUGCUGGAGGGGUUGUUCCCCCUCCUUGUGCUGUAAAUAUGUUUGGGGGGGGGGUCCUGAGCACCCGUCCCCUGGCCUGGGGAGGUCUGAGGAAGCCCCACACCGCUGGGAAGGGCUGGGGGCUGGAGCGGGGUCAGCACCGGCCCCGGGGCACCUCGGGGUGCCAAAAUGUGGCGCCAGCACCCAGGGCAGGAUCGUGGUGUGAAGGCAGAGCCCCCCCCCCAGGCAGCUGCUAGGCGGGGGCGAGAUUUUGUAAGGAACUGGCUGAAACUGUGUAAUUUUUACCGUUGUUUGUUUAAAUAAACUGUAUCUGUUGAUUUUAA